AUGUUGACCGCUAUUCAAGCUUUGCAGAGAGGUCUCCAUAAAGGAUCUAAAUUCCAGGAAGAUCUCAUAAUGACGCCAUGCAGAAAUUUAGAUGAAGUAAAAGCAAGGGCAACAAGAUUUAUAAGGCUCGAAGAAAAUGAACUUACAACUUCGAAAUUAGAUGCCUUAUCAUAUGAUCGUCCAAAUCGGAAGGCAGAAACCCCGGUGUUUAAACCAAGACACAAACCUUACUCAAGACAUGUAGAUGAUCAAGUCAAUGUCGUUGAAGAAGAUGACGGGGUCGAAUAUCCAACUUUGGCAUCAUACUGUUUCUCUGUAGGAACUCCUGGCAUUAUAAUGGCGCUUAGAGAUCUUGGAGACAAGGUGAGAUGGCCUCAGAAGAAAAAUGACGGAUACUUCAAGAAGAAAGAUCCUAGCCAGUGGUGUGCUUAUCAUGAAGACUUUGGCCAUAUCAUCGAAGAUUGCAAGAUGUUAAGAAGAGAAAUAUCCACUUUAUUAGCAAAAGGAUAUUUGACAGAACUCCUUGGAAGGAAGAAGGCCAAAGAUGUUGAAGGCUUGGACUUUUCCAAACCAAAAUCAACACAAAAUGCAGAUUCCCCACCAGCGAAUGCAAAAGUAAUUAACACCAUCUCUGGGGGAUCGGAAGUGUGCGGGACAACAUAUUCAGCAGCAAAAAGACUUGCAAAGCAAAGCAAAGCAGAUAAAGGAGAAAGAAGUGUGAAGAAAGCAUCAAUUUCGGACUCAGACAUUAUCUCCUUUGAAGAAGACUUUGAUGAUAUCAUGGAACCUAUGAUGGGCUGGAUUUUGAUAGAUAAUGGGAGCUCAGUGAAUAUCAUCAAGCUGGAGACAUUACGAAGAAUGGAUAUCUCGGAAGAAGAUAUCAAUGGAAAGGCUUCUCCAUUGAUUGGAUUCAGUGGGGAAACUAAAUAUACAGUGGGUGAAAUAAAAUUAUCAGUUUAUGUUGGAGGGAUGAAUUCGAUGCAGAAAUUCUGUGUCAUAGAUUCUCUCCCAGGAUGCAACAUAAUCUUGGGAAGACCCUGGAUACACGAAAUGAAGGCAGUACCUUCAACAUAUCAUCAAUGUGUUAAACUUCCAAUACCUUGGGGAGUAGUUACUGUCAAGGGAGAUCAGCAAGAAGCAAGAGAAUGCUACACAUCCAGCAUGAAGUCAGCUGCAAAGCCAAUUUCACAAUAG